CCAGUUCUAGCAGGGUAUCAUUGUCAAGCCUAAGUUCUCGACGUAUAUAUCGCUAAAGGAAACCUCUUGUUGAGUUUUGUCAACAUGAAAUCUUUCGUGUGUGCUGCCGCUUUGGCAUCGAUGCUGGCCGUGGCCAGUUGUGCCCCUUAUGUGAUCUUCUUGGAGGAGGCUCCAGUUCGUGUGGCCCGGUCGGCCAAUGGUGGAUUUGGAUUUGGAAGUUCGGGAAGCGCUGCUAACGCUGCAGCUCAGUCCUUCAACCAGGGUGGGGGAUUCCCAGGAUUCGGUGGACAAUUCGGAGGUGUCUCGGGAUCGGCUGCCAAUGCUGGAUCUCAAUCUUUCACCCAGGGUGGUGGCUUCCCAGGUUUCGGAGGUGGCCUGAGCGGUUCAGCCGCCAAUGCUGGAACCCAGUCGUUUAAUCAGGGAGGCCACGGUGGUGGUUUGUCUGGUAGCGCUGCCAACGCUGGUGCUCAAUCGUUCACCCAAGGUGGUGGCUUCGGUGGAUUCGGAGGAUCUCAGCCGUUCCAUCAGGGAGGAUUCGGAGGUGGUCUGAGCGGAUCGGCUUCCAAUGCUGGAACCCAAUCAUUCACUCAGGGAGGACAUGGUGGUGGUCUGAGCGGAUCGGCUGCCAAUGCUGGAACCCAGUCGUUCACUCAGGGAGGACAUGGUGGUGGUCUGAGCGGAUCGGCUGCCAAUGCUGGAACCCAGUCGUUCACUCAGGGUGGACAUGGUGGUGGUCUGAGCGGAUCGGCUGCCAAUGCUGCCGCUCAAUCCUUCACUCAGGGAGGUGGUCAUCAGAUCGGUGUUCACUAAAUAGGAUAUCCUUAAAGUCACAGGAAGGUGGAAAUGAUGACUAAUUACACGUUCACGGUCAAUGAUUAUUGGAACACGCUUGAGAUUGACGCCACGGGCAUA